GCUGGACACGCUCUCGCUCUCGCUCUCCCCCUCCCUCGGGUGAUAAACAUGGCUGUCGUGCUUUGUGAUGAUUAUCAGCGCGAAUUUGUGUGGCCAAGUGUCGCGCCGAGUGACCGCGAGUAAUAUGGAUGAGGAACGCUAGUCUCGGAGACCCAGGCUGACGUCUGGGUGAGCAAUGAAUGUACUUCGUAUUUUGACACCGUGUGUGUUACAACGCAGACGUAUAAGGAGCAUAGAUAAUACUGAUAAAAGGGACUCCUGGUUCAUGAGAAGACAGCUUGGAGAUGCCUCUCACAUGACACAUAGAAUGGGUGCUUCUGCAUCUUCAAGCAUCACCAGCGUAGGUGGAGAUUCAGUCCAAGCAGCGAGACUCUCGGCAUCAAGUAGCCCGGAACAACAUGGCAUUGCAGUUAGUUGUUUAUUCAUGUAUAGAGAGAAAAAGAAGAAGAUGACAGGAUUUGCAACGCUACGCAAGAAAUUUAUUAGGAGACGCCGCUCCUCCAAAGCGUGUGAUCAUGGUAGAAUUAUUAGAGACCUGGUGUCCACAUGGAGUCACUUAGAGGCAACCGCUCUGCUAGAAGAAUAUGAAGCGUUAGCUGCGUUGAAAGAUCUUCAUGUUCAGGCUGAAUUAGCUAGACCACCGGCUGCUACUUUUAAGCAAGAUCUGUCGAUGUUAUAUGAUUACAAACAUUGCUCUGAUGUGGAUCUUGUAUAUAGAGGAGCGUGUUUUCCCGUUCAUAGAGCUGUGCUUUCCGCCAGAUGCCCCUACUUUAGGGAUUUGCUGGCUGGUUGUCCCGGAUAUGGUGCUAGAAUAUGUUUGGAGUUGAGGACUCCGCAUCUCGAGGUACAGAUGUUCUCUGCGUUAUUACGAUAUCUUUAUACUGGUGAUAUUUGUCCGCACGAUGCGACUUUGGAGGCGAACCUACUUCGGCGACUCGGAGAAGAGUUUGGGACUCCAAAUCCACUGGAGCAUGAUCUCAGAUAUUUGCUGGAUACCGGCGAUUACGCGGAUGCCGCUCUUGUAUUCACGUCGGACAGUGAUUAUCAAAGACCGGAUAGUGGAAGUUCGGAGUACGGAUUUCGUCCUAAAUUAGAGCUGCCAUGUCACAAAGCGAUACUUUCCGCGAGAUCUCCUUUCUUCAGAAAUUUAAUACAAAGACGGACUAGAUCGGGCGAGGAUCACACGGAACGGGCACUUCACAUACCUACUAGAAUAGUGUUGGACGAGAGUGUAAUACCUAAGCGAUAUGCUAGAGUAUUGCUACACGCUGUGUAUCUAGAUACUGUUGACUUAUCAUUAAUACUGAGAGGAAGCGGUUGUGGAAAUAGCGCUGGCAGUUUGGGAGAGGUACAAGCCCUGACACAUACGGGCCGAAUGCGACCAAGUCCAUUAGAAGAAGCGAUGGAAUUGUAUCAGAUUGGGCGGUUUCUCGAGCUUGAUAUAUUAUCGCAAGGUUGCGAGGAUCUUAUUUUAGAAUAUCUUACCUUGGAAUCGCUACCAACUGUUCUCAGAUGGGGCAGUCAACCUCAUGGAUCAGCAUGGGUGCACAGACAAGCGUUACAUUAUUUAAGAGAGGAAUUUCAGCCGAUUGCUUCGUCCUCGAUUCUCCAUCAGUUGGAUCACGCCCACUUAGCGAAUGUUUUACAGAGCCAUUUUUUACAAGCGAGUGAACUUGAAGUGCUGCAGGCAGUGCUCAAGUGGGGCGAACACGAAUUAGUACGUCGAAUGGAGGAUCGGGAACCUAAUUUGCUUAGCCAUACUGUGCAUUCCGUGACGAGAAAGGGUAUUAAGAAAAGGGAUCUCAGCGACAUCGAAUUACGGGAGAUAUUGAGCGAACUUUUGCCACUUGUUAGAAUAGACCACAUAUUACCGCCGAAUAGCGAAGCAUUAACACAAGCUAUUAGGAGAGGACUGGUUUCAACUCCACCAAGUCACAUGAUAGGAGAUGAAAGAGAUAAUUUGAGGGUGAACGCUUGGAUAAGAGGCGGAAAGAAAAAUGGAUUUUUUGUGAGGCCAAGACUGUUCAUGCCGUACUACGAAGAAAUCAAGUCUUUGGUGGAAGAACAGAUGAUUCAAGAAGCUGAUCUAGUGAGAUUACGAAGACCACGAUACGUAGCGGAUAUACCAGAUGCACUGUAUAUGGUUGAGGAAAAACCAAGAGCUAUGGGUACCGCUGGCGUUGAUGUUCUUGCAGCUGCAUUUCCAGUACCAGACUCUGCAACGAUGGCCGCGAUGCUGAAACGAGAGCAGAAAUUGAAGCAAUCGCCCAGUUGUCAACGAGCUAUAAGUUUGCCGCUUUCUUCGCGACACGAAAUUAAUCGGCAAGUGCGAUUGCGCGUUGUCAGGGAGUUCAACUUGCCCGAUACCGUGGCCGAUCUUCUGGAAAACACAGCGUCUUACAGUAUGAAAGAGCAAAACGAGCAGAGGAUGACAGAUAUAGAGGACAUUGACUCGCCGGGCAUGGGUAUUCGUGUGAGAACUACCGCCCCGGUGUGUUACGGGAGGAACAUGACAUUUCCUCGGCCGACUUCGUCUUACGCACAUAGACACGAACUUCCAGCUAUAGUGACCGAGGGAGAGAGCUGCAGACUUCUUGCCGAGCAGCAAGAGGGCAAUUCCUGCAGCGACGGCCAGCUGUCGGGCGUGAUGCCGGACGUAGCGAUGGCGACGGCCUCCUUCGGCGCUCUGCAUUUAAUCGAGGAGCAGGAACUGGAAUUGGAUCUCGGUGACGGGGCGUCGCACCUCUUGCCGCACGUCUCUCCGUCGGGCGGCGGCGGCGGCGGAGCCAUCGAGCCAUCGGUUGCUCACCGGUCGUCGCUUCCUCAUCAGCAUCAAAGGCACUUCUCCGGCCCGCCGCCCCCACCCUACGUGUAUCAUCGUGCUGGCACUGCCUUACCGAGGUUUAUUUGAAAUUUAUAUACGAUAUGUGGAUGGAGCGAACAACGUGGCAACUACUGACGAUCCCCUUUUGCGUCCCCUCUUCUCUCUAUCUCUCUCUUUCUCUUUCUCCCCCUUUCGCCCCUUAUUAUUACAUAGCCGGCUCUUUUCUCUCUCUUUCUCUCUCGCUCUUUCUCUCUAUCGUAGCGUGUAUCGAUCAAACCUUGUUAUUGCGGGUACAAAUUUAUUACAAGGAUAAUUGUAUGUACAUUUUUAUUUAAAGCAAGCUUAAAAGAAGAAGGGUAGAAAGUACUUGGUUUAAGAGUAUCCGUAAUCUUAUCGGAUCCGGAAGUUACACCCUGUGAGCAAACAAAACGAAAAAAAAACCUUGAUGCUUAUCGAGUACGAUGCGAACGUGUAUGGAGUAUACGGAGGUUUCACACCGUACAAUCUAUAUAUAAAUAUAAAUAAAUAAAUAUAUAUAUAAAUAAAUAAAAAUAUAAAUAUGAAUAUAUAAAUGUAAUGAUUAAGUGCAAUCGUGUAUGAGAAGAAAUUGCGAUUGUGAUUUAUACAUAUAAAAGAAAAUGUAAUCGUGAUAUGUGCAUGUGGGUGUACUUAUGUGUAUGCGUGCGCGUAUGCGUGUGUACGUGGGGGAACAUAAUGCGUAUGUGUUCGCGGUUCCGGCUCCGAAGUGUCAAGUGACUGCUAGCAGAAGAAAGUCUCCGGAUGAAAAAGGGGGACAAAAAAAAAGAUGAAAAGAUAAAAAGGAAACGAAGAAGAAACAAUGUACGGGAUAAUGAAUAAAUCGCGCCUUGUCACCAUCCUUAUUACUCCACAUAAUAAUUAUUACAGGAAAGUGAAAGUGCCGCGUAUUCCUCGUGCAUUUUGUCUCUUCUCGCGUAGAGAAAGCGUAGCGAUGUAAGAUGCGAACGGCGAACGUCGUCGUCGUCGUUGUCGUUGUCGUCGUCGUCAGCGGCGGAGGCGGAGGUGGCGGAGGCGGCUGCUCACGCGAGCGGAGCUGCGAAGCGCUUGAUGACAUUUUGCCAUGCUAAACUUUUUAAUUUUUCCUCUCUUCUAGGGCAGUUUCGAUGUAUGACGGGCUAUAGUAAGGCUGUAAGUACACAAGAGAAAUCCAAUCGAUAAAACAUAUAUCGCGCGCUUAGAGAUGACGUCCGGGGCGCCUCGGGUCGUAAAAAGCGUGCGUGACGUUCACGAUAUUUAAUGGGUUAAUUAAUUAUCGCUAAGUGCCCGGGCGCAUGAGAAUUUUCUAAGAAAAAGUUUUCCAUGAAUUUAAAUGUAACGCUCCCCGCCGGCCUUGCUCCGCCGCGUCUUCGUAAUAUAUCCACAAACAGGGUACGUAUUACAUACAGGGUGACCCAGAAGUCAUGUUUGAACGUCAGUCGACGGAGUCCAAAAAAAAAAAAAAGAAAAAAGAAUAAACGGCGCUCUCUAAUUCCAGAGAAUUUUAUUUAUCUAUUUGUUUUUUCGAAUUGAAAAUGCGCGAUUGAAGUUCUCGGCGAACUUCCAAGUUCGAGGGAUGCAAAUGUAUAACGUGAUUAGAGACGCGCGAAUCAUGGUUUUGUUUUACGCCGAAUUGAAUCUCAUUUCUUUGUUCAAAUUCGAAUCGAAGCGAAUCGUUGGAAUAUAACUUUCUAUUAAUAAUUUAAUUGUUGCGUUGAAUUUUAUUAUAUGGAUAAUAAAAAAAAAAUUUAUAGAAAAAUAAUGUGUUGGUUAUACACGAUAUAAAUUCGUUUUAAAUGUAUGAUUUUAUAAGAUUGUUAAUGUGUGUAAUUUGCAUUUGAAAUUCUCAGAUUCGAAAUUUUUGAAUCACAGAGAUGCUGAAACAAUCGAGAACGAACAAUGGCGACGUGUAAUUAAAGCGUUGCUAAUUCGUCUUUAGAAAAAGAAAACCGAUCGACCACGUCGGUCAAUGAUGAAUUUGCAACGAAGUUAGUUUCUGGGUUACCGUGCGUAUUUUGUUCCGCAAAAGUCGUAAAAUGUCAGACUUUAUUUCAAUACUUCCGUGCAAUACAACACUGGUAAUAAAACGGUGGAAAACUAGUCACUUUCACUUUCGUUGUGGCAACAACGAUCAGGCGGGAAUUAAUCUAAGCGUACAGAUUAAUAUCGACAGGUAGUAAUUAUUCCUUAUUUAAUAUGGCUCCUCGGUGCGUUGACAUGGGAUGUAAUUAUUAUUAAGAUACUCGAUUAUAGAGUUCGUAUAUUCAAAGAAUUCCUUUACCGUCCUUACGUUAAGUAUUUGAAAUUAUUAUUUCCUGCGUAUAUACAUAUACAAACCGUUCACGUAACUCUUUAUCGAUUGUAUAAUAUAUGCGUUUUCGUUAUAUACUUUCUUAGAGGACGUCUCGUCCUAGAAAGGAAUGAAAUUCGGCGUUGUUAUUACCGCUGACGUAAAUUGUGAUAUUAUUCGAGGGAAUUAUUGAGUUCCGAUCAUUGUGGUUUAUGAAUGAAUUUUACUUGCAGACUUGAAUUCAGAAGGAUGUAUUGAUUAUGUAAAAUAUAUCGUUAUAACUGUACGCGAUUCACGUAAGCUAUAAAUACCGGUCGUCUGCUUUGUAAAGCGUAUCACUCGCAUUUACUAUCUUGCGAAUCGUAAAAUUAAUUGAGUCUGUAUCUGAGACACGACGUGUUAGAUCGUGAAUCCACGACGAUGUCGAGUUGGAUAUCAGGAGCCGACGGUGGUUCGUGAAUCCACGAUCGAUUGACGGAGUUAUAAUUUAAAUAAAGCAACUAGACCAACUUUUAAGACCAGAAUAAAAGAAUAGUUAUCACGUAGAUAGAUUAAUACUGUAUAGACUGAAGUAUAUCGCGAGAGUAGUAUUUUGACAUUCGUAUAGUUCGUGCGUCGCGCAUCAAAAAAAAAAGAAAGAAAAAAAGAAAAAAGGAAGAAAGAAAAAGCGAUUUAGGUUCUUCCAUUCAGGUAUUCACUUCCUUUCCUUCCCCUCGAAAUUGUUGAUUUUUGUAAGCUGUCACGAGGUGUUGAUUACGUUUCGCUGAAAAAUAAAAUUUUCGGGCAGUUUAUCUUUUUUAUGGCUCACACGAUAGAUAUGGCUCGCUAAGAUAUAUUUAAAAAUAAAGUUUAAUAAAUAUUUCAGAAUGGAAAAAAAAA